AUGAGCUGGCUGCAAGAGACGGAGCCGAUCCCCGAGGGAUACUGGGGCCCUGUUGUCUGGACCAAGUACAUUGCCGAGCCUGUCAACACGCUGACCAAUCUCAUGUUCAUGGGCGCGGCGCUGUACGGCAUGUGGCGCGUGUACCAGCAGCGCCUCCCGUCGCGCUUCAUUGGCGGCUUUGCAGGCCUCGGCCUUGUGGGCUGUGGCUCGUUCCUGUUCCACAUGACGCUCAAGCACGAGGCACAGCUCCUCGACGAGCUGCCGAUGAUCUGGGCGAGCAGCUACGUGAGCUGGUCGCUCCUGGACCAGACGCUCGCGUACGGCAAGAAGGUGAACCCGGUCGUGCUUCCGACCGUCAUCUUUGCGAUCGUCACGUUCAUCUCGGUGACCUACGUGCAGAACGGCAACCCCGUCUUUCACCAGGUCGCCUACGCGCUUAUUUUCGGCCUGACCAUCAUCCACGGCAUCCACACGCUCUUUUCGUCCAAGUCGCCGCUCGCGGUGAGCGAGUCGUCGCGCCGCAUGCGCAGCGACGUACGCCGCCUGCAGUUCUUUGGCACGGUCACGUUCCUGCUUGGCUUCCUGAUCUGGAACACGGACAAUAUCUUUUGCGGCACGCUGCGCGUGGGCCGCGACAUUAUCGGCUACCCGUGGGCGCUGCUCCUCGAGGGACACGGCUGGUGGCACAUUCUCACCUGCUACGGCGCUUACAUGCUCUUUGUGUCGAUGGAGGCGAUCGUGCUGCCGCUCAUGGAACACCCGGACAACUUUGUGAUGGUCAUGGACAUCUUCCCGUACGUGAAGCGCGUCCAGGACGACGACCCGAAGCGCCGCCUGCUCAACGAGUACCUCGCCGCAAAGAACAAGUAG